AUGUCAAAAUCUAAUAUUUUCUCUCCUGAGGGGACUAAACGAAUUGAAAUUGAUAAAGCAGACAACACGGUUAGUCUUUAUGACAAGGUACAUGAUGUGUUUAACCUGACAGGAUACAGGUUCAUUUUGUACAAGGAAAAGGGACAAAAGGAAGAACUGGUUUCUUCAAGGAACAAAACCCUUGCAUCAUAUGGACUGAAACAUGGGGAUAUGAUUUAUAUGACUCCUGUUAAUGAAGCUUUAAUUUGGUCUUCAAAACCUGAAACAGUUUCAGAUAAAAUAUCUUUGCCUGGAACUUCAGGAAGUAUAACAUCGAAAGGAAAAUUAAGUUCAAGCCAGGUUAUUGAAGAUGAAGUAGAUGUUAUUUUAUCAAAAUUAGAUGGUAAAAUUCAAAGGAAAAAAGAUGAGAAGUUAUGUAGGCAUGGCUCAAAUGCAUGUUGUGUUCAUUGUUCGCCUCUGGAACCUUUCGAUGAAAAUUAUCUCAAGGAGCAAAAUAUAAAACAUUUGUCUUUUCAUUCUUAUCUCAGGAAAUUAACUGCAGGUGUUGAUAGAGGAAAAUUUCUAGCAUUAGAAAAUAUUUCAUGUAGCAUAAAAACAGGAUGUAAAGAUCAUCCUCCUUGGCCUAAAGGGAUUUGUACUAAAUGCCAACCAAAUGCUAUAACUCUAAAUAGACAGGUUUAUCGCCACACAGAUAAUGUCAUGUUUGAAAAUGCUCAUUUGGUUGAGAGAUUUUUAAAUUAUUGGCGUUCCUCUGGCCUUCAACGUGUUGGUUUUCUAUAUGGAAAAUAUGAAGUUCAUUCAGAUGUGCCUCUUGGAAUUCGUGCAACGGUUGCCGCCAUUUAUGAACCCCCCCAAGAGAGCUCUAAAGAUUCAAUAAAUAUUCUCCCAGAUGAUAGAGAACAAAUAGUUGAAGAACUAGCACAACAUUUGGGACUAGUCAGGGUUGGUUGGAUUUUUACCGAUCUAAUAGCAGAUGAUGUUCAAAAAGGAACAGUGAAACACGUUAGAAAUAUAGAAAGUCAUUUUUUAUCAGCACAAGAGUGUAUAACGGCAGGUUACCUACAAAAUCAACGGCCUAACCCUUGUAGGUUUUCUUCUACGGGUUUUUUCGGUUCGAAAUUCGUCACAGUUUGUGUAACAGGUGAUUCAAGCAAACAAGUGCACAUGGAAGGCUAUCAAGUAUCUGGCCAAUGCAUGGCUUUAGUAAGGGAUGGUUGUUUGGUGCCAACCAAAGACGCUCCCGAAUUAGGAUAUAUCGCCGAAUCCACCGACAAAAAAUUUGUUCCAGAUGUUUUUUAUAAGCUUUCCGCUAGUUUUUUAUUGAUCGUUAGACCAAAGGGAAAUUUUUUUUUUUAA